CUUGAUUUUUCUUGUUUUUUGGCUAUGCCGACGCUGGCGAGUCGGCUGGAGGACCGACUUGCCGCCCCGAUGCAGCCACCACAACAACAACAACAACAACAACAACAACAACAACAACCGCACCCGCACCCCCAGUCGCCGUCGCAGUCGCCGCAACCGGCAGCAGCAGGCGAGCGGUGGGUUUCGAGCAGCGGUGGAGCGGGAGCGCGAUCAGUCGUGACCCGGCGCUCGUCUGCCGCCGCCGCAGCAGCAGCAGCCACGCCGCAGAAACCGCACCAGCAGCAACAACAACAGCAACUGACCAUGUCUUCCCCUGCACCGCUGAGCCUGGCCUCGGCGAGCGCAUCAAAACGCAGCCAGCAGUCCGGAUUGUCGUCUCUCUCUCAAUCAUCCUCUUCCUCCCAAUCCUCCUCCCAAUCCUCCUCCUCCACCGGCACCAACACAACCACCUCCAUUUCACAGUCCAGCGCCAUGCUCAUUGACGGGGAUGAUGGCAGCAGCAGCAGCAAUAACAGCUCCUACAAUAGCGCUGGUGUUGACUUUCUCUCGCUGCUUCCCAGCGAGCUUUCCCUGCAUGUGCUCAGCCUGGUCGACAGCCCGUGUGAUCUGGCCCGGCUCGCCCUCGUGUCCCGCGCCUGGCGCCGCAUGACGGAGGCUCCGGUGCUCUGGCGUGCGUGGCACGAGUGGCUCGCCACGGGCGUCCAUCCGGCGUCGGUGGCACUCGGCGGACUCGAGUCCAGCUCGCCGCGUGGUGGCCGCGUUGUCCCCUUCAUUGGUACCCCUUCCUCAGCCCUGCCUCUGUCCUCUGCCCCGUCCUCGACCUCUGCCUCUGCGUCUGCCUCACUGCUGUCGUCCACUGCAUCUGCACGGCUGCGGCACGGCGACGGGGUGGCCCGCAUCGACCCGGCGUGCGUCUCGAGCGCACUCGACGAGCGCUGGCCACUCAUUGUCAGCCAGCUGUUUGAACACGACCAGCGCUGCUUUUCGCCGUCCUCCUCCUCCUCCUCCUGCUCGACCACCUCUGCUUCGUCAUCAUCAUCAUCAUCAUCAUCAACAUCUUCUUCCGCGUCGGCAUCGAAAUCCUCCUCGACGUUGCAGCAGCGGCUGCGAACAAGCACAUCGCGCGCUGCUCAACAAGACGUGCCAGCUCCUGCAACGCCGCCGACGACGCCCCUGGGCCUGGUUCCGCUCCUCAGCAGCAAGCACUCCAGCAGCAGCAACAGCAGUAAUAGUAAUCAUAGUAAUAGUAAUCAUAAUAGCCAGCAACAGCCGCAGCAACAGCAACAGCAACAGCAUCAGCUGAAUUCCAGCUUAUCGUCGUCGCUGUCACCAUCGGCGACCGGGUCGCUCAAGGCGGCGUUCGGUCAUCGCUAUGCGGGCCUCAGGAACUUGCGUCUCGGUCGGUACACGGACUCUAUGGUGCUGCGGCACACUGCUUCAGCGGCCAGCCUUGCGCUUGACGCCGACGCUGCGUUUGACCCUCUUGCCGACGCCCCUCUGCGCCUGGGCCUCUUUGUCGGCUCCGAGCAGGCCGUCUUCCGCGUCCCGUCGCUCCUAUCAUCCCCCGUCCCAGGAUCCAUGCCGGCGUCGACCUCCUGGGCCGCAGCAGCCAUCCAACUGUCGGUGCUCUCGUCGAUGGUCAUUUACUCGCCCGAUGCGCUGCACCCAGAGACGCGGUGGUGGAUUGGCGGCACUUGGGGCCACCAGGUCAUCAUCAGCACCAUUCCGCCAACAGCGGCUGUUCCCGCCACGACCGACGCAACUGCCAAGCGCAGCGUGUCCACAUCGACAGCAACAGCAGCAUCAGCAGCAUCAUCAGCAUCAUCAGCAUCAUCAGCAUCAAUAGUACCACCGCUCUCGUUGCUCGCUGCAACCAUCAAGUCCGAGCAGCAGAGCGACGAGGCCGCGCGCGCUGCUGACGCCUUCAUGAACGUGUCAGCCAUCUCGGACGCGUCGAGCAACGCCCUGGCGACGCCACGGCAACAACCGCGCCCGUCUCAGCAGCAGCGACAGCAGCCACACAUGGAGGUCGACGACUCGAGCGAAAUCUCGUCGUUCUUGAAUGAGGACAACGAGGCUUCGGCCAUGGGCGAUCGUGACCAGCUCGACUCGACCUCGGCCAUGAAUGUCGACGCAUGCACGACCGACUUCCUUUCCUCCCUGUUGAAGUCGAACGACGCGUACCUGUCCGGCUCUUCGGUCGCAGCAACCACUGCCGCGGCCGUGGCGCCCUCCGGCGUCGCUCCCGAGCAAAUCCUCGCCGACCUGCCCUGUCUCGGCGCUGUGCUGUGCAUGAAGGUGCUCACAGCGGUAGGAGCUGGCUUUGCGCAACUACACCAGUUGCAAACAACCACACCACAACAACAGGCUCCACCGGCCACCAUCACUGCUGCCGGACUGUCACAGCAAGCUCAGCAACAGUCGCAACGGCCGGGCAGCAGCAGCAACAACAGCAGCAGCGCUUCCACCGCGACACACAACAACGCUUCCUCAGCUGCUGGACAGCAAACACCUCCAGAAUCGACUCAUGACUCGCCUGCGUCGGCCGAGUCGGACGCGGCGCGCAACGCGCGCAACGUGUCCGUGUCACUCCUUGCCGUCGGGACGGACAACGCUGCGGUGAUGAUUUGGGAUUUGACGCCCCUCCGUGACGGCACUGGUGCGCCUGUUUUGGCGACCACACUUGUUCUGGACUCGCCGACGUCGUCCAAUGUGGUUGCGCUCGACUACGACUCGGAGCACCAUUUGCUCUACUGCGGUUGUGAUUCGUUGAUUGAAGUGUUUGAACUGGACAGCUUUGGCUCCCCGAUUGCCUCCAGUUUCCAGCCGGCCAAGUCGUUGGGGAAUCGCUCCUCUGCCGUGCCCGCGGACGUUGCUGCUGCUGCUGCUGCUGCUGGUGCUGGUGGCGUCACCGCUUUGGCCCUCCACAACUCUCGUCUUGUGGUGGCCUGGAAGGAUGGCGCCAUCACUUCCUUGUGCGCAGACGCGAGCGCCGUCGCCCCGCUUCUCGCCCAAUGCGACCGUCUGCGCGAUCUGCCAGAGGGCAGCACCGAUGCCAGCGUGCAGCCCAUUAUUUGGCAGCCGUCAUCAAGGUCGCUUGAAGACAGCGUCAGUUUGCAGUGCAUGACGGCAGUCUCAGACCUGCUCAUUGCCGGCUGCCAGGAUAAUGUGGUGCGCGUGUGGUCGCUGGACUCUUGCAGCAUGCUCUACUCGGUCCUUCCGUUCUCCAGUGCCGUCCAAAUCACGUCUAUUGCAGCCGCCAGCCUUGGCUACGUCACGGUUGGUGCCGCCGAUGGCUCAGUGAAGCUUCUCGACUUUUCGCUCGCGGCCAACAGCAAGACCAACGCCAUCAACAACAGCAGCAGCAGCAACAACAUCAACAUCAACAACAUCAACAGCAACAGCAACAUCAACAGCAACAGCAUUAGCAACAGCAAUAGCAACAACACGGCAGUGGCCUUGUCAAACCUGGUAUCGUCGGUGGACUUGGAUGAAAAGGCGGACAUUCUUUCGGCGACCGACCCGACCUCUGGUCUGCUUGUGUUUGGCCCGCAUGACGAAGUCGAGCAAGACGAUCCGCUGGCCGCGCUGGCCAACUCGCACGACACUCUGCUCGAUUCGUCCUUCAUCUCGAACAUGACCAACGCCGCUUCGCAAGCCUUCUUCCGCGCGUCUGGUGCUGCCACCGUCCCCGUUUCACCCCGCGCCAACCCAUUCCUCUCACCGUCGACCACCAAGCUGUUUUCACGCCAGCUGAGCCAACCGCUGCACCACACACUCGGCUUUGACUUUCAGGACCAGAGCGACCACAUGGUGACGGACUCGGUCUUGCACCGUCGCACUCUGGACGGCACCCUGAAUGACCCCUUUGACUCGACCAACUUCCGGCCGUUCAACCCCAUGCUCAUCAUUUCAGGCGACGGUUCGGCAUCGAGUGCGCCCGGCUCGUUCGACGCGUACAACGAGGAUAGCUUUGCCAUGGAAGAGCCAGCCCCGCACGACAUGGACACGACCAUGUCGCAGCUUGCCUCGAUGGUCAACCCGCCGACCACGGUUGCCAUUGCCGGCAUCACCUUCCAGAAUCGCCAGUCUGCCGCCUCGUCUGCCACCGUUUCGGCUGCGCCUUCUCUUGCUCCUUCCCCGACGCCGACGACUCGCCGCGCGCACCACAGCCACCAGCAGCCACAGCAGCGCCCUGUCAACAAUCCUGUGAUUCUCGCUCGAUUGGCCCGUCCUAACACCAUCAUGAAGGCAUCAUCUAGCGAGCUUUCCAUGCAGUCGGACUUCCAGCACCAUCUCGACCAGCAGCAGCAGCAUCAGCAGCAACAACAACAACAGCAACAACCGCAGCAGCAGCUCGCGCCCGUGCCGCAAGCGCCUCGACAUGCUCACAAUCUGCGCACGAAUGUGCCAAGAAAGAACUAUGCACUGCUUGCAGCUGCCGUGGACGAGGAGCCUGAAGACGAGGACGAGCAGCAGGAAGAGCUGGUGGAGGAGCCGCCCAUCUUGCAAAACCCAUCCCCAGUUUCCAACGCGUCAACCCUCUCGGAAGACAGUACUGACAGUGGAGACGAAGUCUACGCCGCGCCGACCUCGCGUACGAGCGGCCGUGUCAUUCGCGUUCGGCGUCCCAGCGGCGCAGCGUCGUCGCACAUGCAAAACCCCGUUGUCGCGGCCGCAUUGGCCACUGCCGGCAUGCCGGCUGCCCAACGAAAGCGGAAGCUCGCCCCACGAAUGCCCUACCCUGGUAUGGUUCCUUCGACCACCAUCGGCGACAAGGCAUGGUCCAUGGCGGACGCGGCAAUCACCGUUCUCCGCUCGCACGGCGACCCCCUGACUUGCCGCGAGAUUUGGUGCCAGAUUGAGCGUCAAGGAUUGUACAACAUGAAUGGCAAGACCCCAGCACAAUCGCUCAACCGCGUGCUGCACAGUCGUCCCGACCUGUUCAAGGUGAUGACUUCUGAAAGCCCCCACCGGUUUGGCCUCGCCAACUGAAAGUUGCCCCACCCCUUCCCCAAAGGAGACAUUUAUUUUUCAGCGUUUAUUCUUUUCUACCGUUCCUUGUGCCACAUAUGCUUGCUCUCGUCGUGUUCUUAUUGCCAUGCCUGCGUGCUUGAACCUUUUUGUGCGUGCGGAAACCCUCCGCAUUCAUUCUCUUGUCUUGUUUUGUUGUCGUUUGAUUUCUUCGAGCGCUUCUUAUUCUUCAAGCGCUUUGUGUUUUCCCGGCUUCUACUUUGAAUGUGCCAUACCAGUGAUGGUCACUCAACUUGCACUGUCAACCCUCCGGCCCACCCUGCAUUCCUCUCCCGCUGAUUUUUCCAUAAACAAUGUUUUUUUUUUUCGUGUAUGUGUCUGUGCGUAUGUCUCUGCGUGUUUGUUUGAUGUUAUGUGAAGAUGAGUGUCAUGUUGUGUUUUUGUCUGUGGAUUUUUAAUGAUAAUCUCGUUGUUUGUAA